AUGUGUCGCCCAAUUGAGCCAUUGAAAGAGAGCAAUGAUUCAAAAGAUUUGUGGAAGAUCGCUGUUAGAUGCAAACAUCUAUGGACUGUCACAAGUUCUUCAAACAAAGAACACAUGGAGAUGGUUUUGGUUGAUUCUAAGCGUGAUAUGAUUCAGGCUGUUAUCCCUGCUUAUUUGCUUUCGAAAUUCAAAUCUGAAAUUGAAACGGGAAACUCUUAUAUCAUGCAAAAUUUUAAAGUUGGAAAGAAUGAUUUUGCUUUUAAGUCGACAAAUCAUACAUACAAAUUGGUUUUUUGUGGCUCAACUUCUGUUAAGAAAGCAGAAUUUCCUGACAUCCCUCAUAACUACCUUAACAUUAUUGGUUUGAAUUCCAUAGUUGAAGGAAGGUUUCAAUCAAAUGUUUUGGUUGAUUUGAUUGGAGGAAUCACUGAUAUCACUCAAACCCAAGUUAACGGUGACAACAGCAAUAACAAAAUAGUUUUUUCAAUUGCCUCUGAUAUUGUCAUUGUGCUAAUCAAUGCAAGGGUUAAAGAGGCUCAAGUUGUAACUGUUUCUUCAAUUUCUUGUGAUUCAGGAGGAUUUCCAGUUAGUGUUUCCAACACAUGGAAUGGAACGAAACUACUUGGUGUUGAUUUGCCUUUGUUAUCAUCUUCAAGUGUACAAGUUAAGGCAACGCAAAACUCAUUUUAUUCUGACUAUGACAAAUUUGCUUGGAAGGCUGAAAUAAUGAGUUUCCCUGAAAUAACAAAUCCGCAACAUGAAACAACCGGUGUUACCGUUGCUACCCUCGAUAAGUAUAAGCUUGAUAUAACAGCUGUUGACGGCAGUUCGAAGGCAAAGUUCGUAUUUUGGGACACAGACUGCGUGAAGUUAAUUGGGAAGUCUGCUCUUCAAAUGAAGAUGGAUUUAACACAGUUUGUUGAUUACGAUCCACUUGAGUUCCCUUACGAACUUGACUCCAUAUUGAAAAAAGAAUUGGCAAUUAGAGUUGUUUAUCAGCCUAAAAAUGGGCGACUUUCUACCUCAAAACUUCGAGCACCAGAACCUCUGUCCUGGGAUGACAUGAAUAACAUUUCUGAACCUGUAUCUGCAUCUGCAGAAAAUGACCUGACCAUUGAAAAUUCAGGACUCACUCCAUGUAAGAGACUUAUAAAUGAUGCAGUAGAAGAUAAUGAUAGUGUACAACAAUCAUUAACCAAGAUGGCCAAAGAUAUUAAACAGGAGAAAUAG